CACAUCACAUUUUUGCACAUUUUAAUUUCCGGCGACUAUUCCAAAUCUGGUUGAAUACUCUCUCCGGAAAACUCAAACUCCGUCCAACUCUCCGGCUACGUUUAUCUCUCUGUCGCAUCCUACCGAUCUCGAAGCUUACACCGGCCAUGAAUCCAGAGUAUGACUACCUUUUUAAGCUUUUGCUUAUAGGAGAUUCUGGUGUAGGAAAAUCAUGUCUUCUUCUGAGAUUUGCUGACGAUUCCUAUCUUGAAAGUUACAUCAGUACCAUUGGAGUGGACUUUAAAAUCCGCACAGUGGAGCAGGAUGGGAAGACAAUGAAACUCCAAAUUUGGGAUACUGCUGGCCAAGAACGUUUUAGGACAAUUACCAGCAGUUAUUACCGUGGGGCUCAUGGCAUAAUUGUGGUUUAUGAUGUGACUGAUCAAGAGAGUUUCAACAAUGUCAAGCAAUGGUUGAAUGAAAUUGACCGAUAUGCUAGUGAGAGUGUAAACAAGCUUCUUGUUGGGAACAAGUGUGACCUAACAGCACAGAAGGUUGUUUCCUAUGAGACAGCAAAGGCUUUUGCUGAUGAAAUAGGCAUACCUUUCAUGGAGACAAGUGCCAAAAAUGCAACUAAUGUGGAGCAAGCUUUCAUGGCCAUGGCCUCCACAAUCAAAGACAGAAUGGCAACUCAACCAACGAGUAAUGCACGACCUCCUACGGUGCAGAUCCGUGGGCAACCUGUCAACCAAAAAUCAGGCUGCUGCUCAAGUUGAAGGGAGAUUCCUUGUUGUAUUGCUUGGCAUGUAAAACUAGGAGGAUCUCCUUUGUUUUUAGUGGUUUGUGAAGUAUUAUACUGUUUGGCAUUUAUUGCCUUUUAUCUUUUACUUCAGAACUUUGUUUAAAUCACCAAAUUCUUUCUCUUCUAUUCAAAAUUAUAAACAGCAUUUGUACAGAAAGGUCCCAAAAUGUUGUGAAAUAAUGUUAAAUA